AUGGGUCACCAACAACUUUACUGGUCCCACCCCAGGAAAUUCGGCCAGGGCUCCUGCUCGUGCUGUGUGUGUGCAAACCACCACGGCAUGAUUGGGAAACAGGGCCUCAACAUAUGCUGCCAGUGCUUCAGGCAAUAUGCCAAAGACAUUGGCUUCGUCAAGUUGGAUUAA